CGCAGCCGCGGAAGAGGCUGGUGUCCGUCUGCGACCACUGCAAAGGCAAGAUGCAGCUGGUGGCCGACCUGCUGCUGCUGUCGAGCGAGGCGCGGCCCGUGCUGUUCGAGGGCCCCGCCUCCUCCUGUGCCGGCGCCGAGUCCUUCGAGCAGUGCCGGGACACGAUCAUCGCGCGCACCAAGGGGCUCUCCAUCCUCACCCACGACGUGCAGAGCCAGCUCAACAUGGGCCGCUUCGGGGAGGCGGGGGACAGCCUGGUGGAGCUGGGCGACCUGGUGGUGUCGCUGACCGAGUGCUCCGCCCACGCGGCCUACCUGGCGGCCGUGGCCACGCCGGGCGCGCAGCCCGCGCAGCCGGGCCUGGUGGACCGCUACCGUGUGACGCGCUGCCGCCACGAGGUGGAGCAGGGCUGCGCGGUUGCUGGCCUGGCCUUGGAUCAAGAGCCCCGCAUGGGGCCAGUGAGGCCUGCAGAGGGCUCCUGGGCCGGGCUGCCUGAUGGUGUGGAUCACCAGGAGUGGAACUGGGACAUCUGA